AUGUCGUCCAUUACGCUCGAAGCCAUUCGCAAUGCUCAACCCAUCGCCCAAAAGAUGGUUGAUUUCAUCAACAAGUCAAAAUCACCCUAUCAUGUUGUCGGAACCAUAAAGCAAAAAUUGGCUGAAUUUGGAUUUGAACAACUCUACGAAAGAGAGGCAAAUUGGUCCGAAAAGAUCAAGCCAUGUGGCAAGUAUUUCUUCACCAGAAAUCAUUCAACCAUUGUUGCAUUUAGCGUUGGUGGCAAUUUCAAGCCUGGAUCGUCUGGUUUGAAGAUUAUUGGUGCUCACACUGACUCCCCUCACUUGAUCAUGAAACCAAUUUCAUCACAAAAGAGUUCUGGCUAUUUGCAAGUUGGUGUUCAAACAUAUGGAGGUGGCUUAUGGUACACCUGGUUUGAUCGCGAUUUAACCGUUGCUGGAAGAGUUAUUGUUGCAGAUGGAAAAGAUAAAUUCAAACAACAUUUGGUAGAAAUAGAAAAGCCAAUUUUGAGAAUUCCAUCUUUGGCAAUUCAUCUUCAACGAGAAGUAAGCCAAGAUGGUUUUAAACCCAACACUGAGACGCAUUUACUACCAAUUAUUGGAACUGAAUUAGGAGAAUUGAGUGAUGAUCCUAAUGCAAAGGGAUUUAUUGCAAAUCACCAUUCUGUGUUGUUGAAAGCUCUAGCUCAAGAGUUGAAAUGUGAUGUAGCUGAUAUCAAAGACUUUGAUUUGUCAAUUGUUGACACUCAACCUGGUGUUAUUGGUGGUGUGAAUAGUGAAUUUGUGUUUGCUCCAAGAUUGGACAACUUGGCUUCUUGCUUUGUUGCAUUGGAGUCCUUGAUCAACUCUGAUUCAACCUUGGAAACUGAAAAGGAUGUAAGAAUGAUCUGUCUUUUUGAUCACGAAGAGGUUGGAAGUGCAAGUAGUUAUGGAGCUGACUCUUCAUUGAUUUCAGAUACCAUUAACAGAGUUAUUCAAUGUACACAUGCUUCCCUUGAUAAGAAUGCUCCUGUAGAUUCGUAUGGAGCAUGUGUUGCCAAGAGUUUUAUUAUCAGCUGUGAUAUGGCUCAUGCAGUUCACCCUAAUUAUUCUGAAAAGCAUCAAGCCAAGCAUAGACCUCAAAUCCAUCAAGGCCUUGUCCUCAAGACAAACGCCAAUCAGAGAUACACAACCAAUGGUUACACUUCAUUCUUAUUUGGAGAAUUGGCACGUAGAAAUAAUAUUCCUCUUCAAUCCUUUGUAGUUAGAAAUGACUCAGCGUGCGGUAGCACCAUCGGCCCAAUUGUGAGUAGUAAUACAUCCAUCCGUACCAUUGAUGUUGGAAUUCCUCAAUUGUCGAUGCACUCCAUUAGAGAACAAUGUGGCGUGGUGGAUAUUAAGAGCACUGUGGAUUUAUUCACUCACUUCUUUAAUGAAUUCUCAGAUAUUGACAGUUCUGUCCAUGUAGAUGAAUAA